UCUUUUCUUUUUUUUUUUCAGGUAUAUAAAAGAAUUCCAAUAGAUAUUAAAUUUUAUUUACUUUAAAAAUGGCUGGUAAUAGGGGCAUGGAAGAUUUGAUUCCAAUUGUGAACAAGCUUCAAGAUGCCUUUUCCCAAAUUGGAUCCGAGUCACCCAUUGAUUUACCUCAAAUCGCUGUUGUUGGUGGUCAAAGUGCAGGAAAGAGUAGUGUCUUGGAAAAUUUUGUUGGAAGGGAUUUUUUACCUCGAGGUUCAGGCAUUGUUACAAGAAGACCAUUAAUUUUACAACUUAUUAACAGUAAAACUGAGUAUGCUGAGUUUCUUCACUGCAAAAACAAAAAGUUUACUGAUUUUGAUGAAGUGAGAAAAGAAAUUGAAAAUGAAACGGAUCGUGUUACGGGGAAGACAAAAAAUGUUUCAGCUAUUCCAAUCAAUUUACGCGUUUACUCUCCACACGUGCUGAACUUGACUUUGAUCGAUUUACCUGGCAUGACGAGAAUUGCAGUUGCGGGGCAACCAGCAGAUAUUGAGCAGCAGAUUCGAGAAAUGGUUUUUCAAUUCAUCACUAAGGAAAAUACAUUGAUAUUGGCAGUAUCUCCAGCCAAUUCUGAUUUAGCCAACUCUGAUGCAUUAAAAGCAGCAAAAGAAUGCGAUCCAACAGGCGAAAGAACUAUUGCUGUUGUUACCAAAUUAGAUCUUAUGGAUGAAGGAACAGAUGCAAAAGAUAUUUUAGAAAAUAAAGUUUACCCUUUAAGAAGAGGUUAUAUUGGUAUUGUUAAUCGAAGUCAAAAAGAUAUUGAUGGCAGAAAAGAUAUCAAGGCUGCUCAAGCUGCUGAAAGAAAAUUCUUUUUGUCACAUCCAUCAUAUAGACAUAUGGCUGAUCGUAUGGGUACUGCUUAUCUGCAAAAAUCUUUGAACCAGCAACUCACCAACCACAUUCGAGAAUGUAUCCCUGCGCUUCGAAACCGCUUGCAAGAACAGCUGUUAUCGAUGGAGAAAGAAGUUGAACAGUAUAAGAAUUAUAGACCGGAUGAUCCAACAAUGAAAACUAAAGCUCUUAUGCAAAUGUUGCACAAUUUCACAACAGACGUCGAAAAAGUGAUCGAGGGAGGUCCAGGUGAUUCCAUUGAUACGGAGCAUCUUUCAGGUGGUGCGAAAAUUAAUCGCGUGUUCCACGAGAGAUUUCCUUUCGAACUAGUCAGGUUGCAAUACGAUGAAAAAGCUCUUCGUCGAAAAAUCGGUAUCGCCAUCAAAAAUGUGCACGGUGUCCGAUCGGGACUUUUCACUCCAGAUAUUGCGUUUGAAUCUAUUGUUAAAGAACAAAUCGACCGAUUAAAAUCACCCGCAGUUAAGUGUGUGGAUAUGGUGGUGAAUGAGUUGACGCUGAUUAUCAAGAAAUGCACUGAAAAGAUGAAUAAGUAUCCUGCUCUAAUGGAAGAAGUCCAAAGAAUCAGUAUGUCGCAUGUAAACACAGUUGAACAACAAGCCAAGGACCAGGUAAAAUUGAUGCUGGACUUUGAACUGGCGUACAUAAACACACAGCAUCCUGACUUUAUUGGAUUUGCAGAAGCGCAAAAUCGUGCCUCAGGUGCUCAAUCUCAAGCGUCAUCUCGUCAAAGAGUAACUAAUCAGGUCAUUCGUAAGGGUUGGCUUGUGCUUGGUGGUGGAGGUUUUAUGAAAGGCUCCAAAGAAUAUUGGUUUACAUUGUCAGCGGAGAGUCUUUCUUGGUUCAAAGAUGAAACGGAAAGGGAACUCAAAUAUCAGCUACGAUUAGAUAACUGUAAAGUAAAAGAUCUCGAUUCAGGUUUCAUGUCACGAAGAUUUUACUUCGCUAUCUUUAACCCUGACGCCAGAAAUUUAUUUAAAGAUUAUAAGCAGUUGGAAUUGUCAGCUGAAUCCACUGAAGUAGUUGACAGUUGGAAAGCCUCGUUCCUUCGUGCAGGUGUCUAUCCUGAACGAGACACAUCACAAGAUGGACCUUCUGAUGGUGGAGAACUGGGGUCAUUAGAUCCCGUGGUUGAACGUCAAAUAGAGACUAUACGAAACCUUGUGGAUUCCUAUCAACGUAUUAUUACAAAGAACAUACAGGAUAUUGUUCCUAAAGCGUGUAUGCAUAUAAUCAUCAAUUCAGCGAAAACGUUUAUUUCAAGCGAACUACUGGCUCAUUUGUACGCAACAGGAAAUACUAACGAACUCAUGCAUGAGAGUGAUGCUGAAGUUGCGAGACGUAACGAAAUGAUCAGAAUAUAUCAAGCGAGUAAAGAAGCUAUGAGAAUUAUCGGGGAUAUUAACGCUACCACGAUGUCUACGCCUUUGCCACCACCUGUCGAUGAUGGUAAUGACUUCGAAGUUAUCAGUUCAUCAAGGCCUAGUUCAAGACCGCCUCCUCCAAGUGGCAGGCCAACUAUGCCUUCGCGACCAACUUCUGUUCCCCCUGCUCAACCUGCUCGGCCUACUCCUGCUGAGAAUCCUGCGCUACCAAGGCGACCAGCACCAGGACGACCUGCUCCAAAUCUCCCUUCGCGACCACCACCUGUCCCAAGUCGACCGUAGAGCUCCUUAUUGUGAUGUGCAAUUGGUUUACGUUAAUUUAUAUAGCAAAUUAUAUCUAUGACGAUGUUCACCAUAUACAUAACGUCAUGCGCCGACAUCUUUUUGUAUGUGUACCAUUAUGUUGUCGUACUCACUACACUGUUUAUAUUGAAAUUUUUUUGUAUGUUAAUAACAAAAUCGCUUCUGGUUGAAAUUUUGUGCCAAAUUAUAUAACCAUUAUUUUUUCUACAUUUUAACGUUCUUUACUUUCAAUUUUUGCGUUGUGCAUAGUAAACCGAUACAAUUUUUGGUCAGCAAAACAUAUAUUUCUAUUUUUUUUUAAAAACUUCUUUCUAAUCGUUUCAACGUUGUUCCUAAUUUUACUAUUGUACUAAUUGUAAUAUUGAUAAAGAAAAAAAAAAGUCAUUUUAAACGGCGCGAUAUAUUUCGUUUUUAUCUUAUAGUGUCAUUUGUAGCUCAAUGAGUUCGUAGUUGUAAUAGCGAGAUGAAUUUUCCCGAAUUUCGCGACUUUUUCGCUAUUUUUGCGAAAUAAGGUUACCAAUACAAACGAUGCGUAUCAUGCGCGAUAUCAAAAAAGUAUACGAAUUCAUCGUGUUUGAGUUGUAUUUGAAUUAAAAAGUAUUGGAAGUCAUCAUGUUUGAGUCGUAUUUGAAACAAGAAAAGUACUGACAGCCAUCAUGAUUGAGUUGUAUUUGAAGUCAUCACAUUUUGGUCGUAUUUGAAUCAAAAAAGUACUGGGAGUUAUCAGAGUCGUAUUUCAAUCAAAAAAAAGUAUUUGGAAAGUCAUCAUGUUUGAGUCGUAUUUAAACUGGUAAGAGUGCAAUAUCAAUUCUAAAUUAUAUAUUUUUAUCACAUAUUUAACAUAUAUUUAUAUAUAUACAUCAGAAUUUUCAUGAAGUUAAUCUUCAGACAUGUUCACUCCAUACAAAAUGCGUCCAUUUCUUUCUUGAGUUGGCCGAUAAUUCCCAUAUAACGGACGGCUGUCACAA